UUUUUUUUAUUAAUGAAACACUUAGAAAUUACAUCGAAACUCGACGACUCUUAAAUCGUGAGUGUUUUUUUUUUCUCUCUCUCUCUUUUCAAUUUCUCAUCGUUUGGUCCUGUAUAAAUCAACGUGAUCCUUAUUUUGUACUAAAUCCACAUAGUGCACUCGGCGAAUCAAUCCGCGCGCGCGCAAGAUUCAAUGCGCGAACGGCGGGCAAAGCAAUACAUAAUCAUCAUCAUCAUCACUCGUUAUCGGAGCGUAUAUAUGGUGUAGUAUACUACAGGCUUGGAUUACUUGGAGCUGGGGAAGUAUAGAAAGAAAAAUAGCCAAAUGCCAAUGCACCCGACACGCGAACGAGAAGGAUAAAAAAAGCUGUCGUACGGAAGAGUUAAAACCCAAGAGCACCACACCUGCCUUUCGAAAUGAAAAAGAAGGAAGGAUUGUAUAUAGAGAGUCGACGAAUUCAAUGAACGCAACUACAUAACUGUAGGCGAAUCCUAAAAGCCGUGUGUGUGUCUGUGUCGGAGUAGGAGCAGCGGAGGAUACGUCAAAGCCGCAGCAGAAGAGUAUAGAUCGAACCGUACGGAUAAAUACUGUCAGUGCAAUGCAGCUGUCAAAAAUCAAGUCAAAUCGCGCGUGAAGCACACUUAAAAUGAAAGAAUCCAGUCGUUAGUGUAAUUUCAAAAAUAAAAAAAAAAAAGAGUGAACAUGAUAUCGACGAGAUACGCCUCGUUCCUGUUCGGGAUCGUGAUAGCGUCGUUAACCUGGGCGUUCAGUCUCUACCUGUACUCGCGUCUCUCGCGGCACGACGUGGCGGCGGCGGCGGCCACCGCCACCGGUUCGAAUCCAACGAUAGCCAGCAACUACUACAACGAGCUCGAUGGCAGAUACGACUCGGGCUCGCGGGGCCUGUACAAGAACAGUCCGCAGCUGCUGCAAAGGAUGCAGGCCAUUCCGAUCAAACGACGACAACAACAGCACGACAACUCGUCGUCCACGAUAGGCCAGGGCCUGGACGAGAUCGGCCUGGUGAGGAAUAACGAAGAGCAUCGCCGACGCGAGGAGGGCUACAAGAAUCACGCCUUCAACACCUUCAUCUCGGACAGUCUGAGCCUGAGUCGGCCGGUGCCCGACACCAGGCACAAGCUGUGCCGCGACGGCAAGCGCUACGACCUCGACAAGCUGCCCAACGCCAGCGUCAUCAUAUGCUUCUACAACGAGCACUACGCGACCCUGCUGAGAUCGCUGCACUCCAUAGUCGAGCGCAGCCCGGCGAGUCUGCUGCACGAGAUCGUCCUGGUGAACGAUUACAGCGACAGCUCGGAGCUGCACGAGCAGGUGGCCAAAUUUGCGAGUGAGCACUUCGACGGUAAGAUCAAGUAUCACAAGACCGAGAAGAGAGAGGGCCUGAUAAGGGCGAGGAUGUUCGGAGCGAGAAAGGCCACGGGUGGCGUGCUCGUGUUUCUGGACAGCCACAUCGAGGUGAAUCGGCAGUGGCUCGAGCCGCUCCUGGAGAGGAUAGCUGGAGAGAAGACGAUCGUGACGAUGCCCGUGAUCGACAUCAUCAACGCGGACACGUUUCAGUACACCUCGAGUCCGCUGGUGCGAGGUGGCUUCAAUUGGGGCCUGCACUUCAAGUGGGACAGUCUGCCGGUCAACACAAUAGCCAAGGACGAGGACUUCGUCAAGCCCAUCAGGUCGCCGACGAUGGCCGGCGGACUGUUCGCCAUGGACCGUGAGUACUUUUUUCGGCUGGGCGAGUACGACGCGGGCAUGGACGUCUGGGGCGGCGAGAAUCUCGAGAUAUCCUUCAGGAUAUGGAUGUGCGGCGGCAGCCUGGAGCUGAUCCCGUGCUCGAGGGUGGGCCACGUGUUCCGCAGGAGGCGGCCCUACGGCGGACUGACAGAGGCCGACACGAUGCUGAGAAAUUCCUUGAGAGUCGCCUACGUCUGGAUGGACAAGUACAAGGAUUACUUUCUGAAGAACGUGCACAAGAUUGAUUACGGCGACAUAACGGAGAGGCAGGAGCUGCGCCACCGGCUGCAAUGCAAGGACUUCGCCUGGUACCUGGAGAACGUCUAUCCGGAGCUGGCGCUGCCCGACGACGACGAGAAGCACCUCAGGAGCAAGUGGAGCAAGGUCGAUCAGAAGGUCAUGCAGCCCUGGCAUCUGAGAAAGCGCAACUACACCGACGAGUACCAGGUGCGGCUGAGCAACACGACUCUCUGCAUACAGAGCGAGAAAGACGUAAAGACGCGGGGCGCCAAGCUGAUACUGGCGCCGUGCAUGCGUAUUAAGACGCAGAUGUGGUACGAGAGCGACAGGCACGAGCUCGUGCUCGGCCAGAUGCUCUGCCUCGAGGGCAGCGAGAAAAUGCCGCGGCUGGGCAAGUGCCACGAGAUGGGCGGCACCCAGGAGUGGAAGCACGUCGGCUCGAGGUCGGUGCCGAUCUACAAUCUGGCCACGGGCACCUGUCUCGGCGCCCUCGGUCGCCGAAGAAACACCCAGAUAAUCAUGGAUCUGUGCUACAAGGACGAUAAAUCCACCAUAACGUGGGAUCUGGUCAGAUCGAAAUUGUCGUACAAUAAGUCUAGAUGAUAAUGAUGAUCGUGAGACAGAAAAAAAAAUCGAUCGAUUUGUACAUUGAGCCAUUGAUAAAAAUGU